CCGUCUUGUCUCUCUCUUCAUCUCGCCCCCCCCGUGAGAUGAAGCCUCGAAGUGACCCUCUGGUAGGAUCGUGAGAUUGGCCCAUGGAUUGAACCGUCGCGGGACCGGGGCGACUACUGAACCGUUUCUUUUCCCUCCACUCGUUUCACUUCGCGCCUGACCGGGUAGCUUGAUUCUCGACCCAUUUCUUCACUCGUUACCACUGCCCUGCAGCCCUUCUUAAGCGCCUAGUAUUUUUCUUUGCUUUUCCCGCGGGUCCUCUUUCGGUUCCCCCAUCUUUAUCAACCAGUCCCCCCCCCCCCCUAAAGUUCGAACCUGUCUUCGCACUUCGCAUCCGUUGACCUUCAAUUGUUUACUUCUCGACAAAUGUCCAGCGGGAACUGGGGCUUAUCAUCUCGUGGCCAUGGUCACAGGAAAUGGAGACUUUCGAUAUCCGCCGCCCCCUGCAGGCACGCAUGAUAUCCCCAGCCGUCGCAGGAUCCCCAAUCCCCCCCGCCUCGAUCCUCUGAGACUCAAUCCUCCCUUCCCACGCCCCUCGACGGCUGAUGGCCUGCGUCCUCCCCCCCAACGGCCACCCCCCGUCCCUAAAUCACCCCGACUCCAUCAUGCCUAUCCUCCGCAAGCAGAUCCCGCACGGCGCGCUGUUUCGCCCCAACCCCGAGACGACGACGAUGACUUUGUGCCCCGAAGGCCCACCUGCCGGACCCCCACAUUCCCUGCGACCCCAAACGAUCGCCCAAGAUACCCUGCCAAGGCAGGCGAUUUUGAGCAUCCCCCACCCCGAAGGAUCCCCCCUGGUGCACCAGGGCUGCGCAUAUCCAUGUCCACCUCGAAAUUGCACAACCGACGCCCACGGCCCCCUCGGUCCCGGGAGCGACAGCCAGACGACCUGUAUGGGUUGGCACUGCCUCGUGCUCCCCCUCCCGGAAGUUAUGCAGAUGGCCACGGAGAAGAUGAGCUCCGCUCCAGCGUCAACUCCGCCAUGACGUCGCGGUCCAGCAUCGAACAUGCCAGCGGAACGGAGCGCAGCAGUGUCCUCACGAAGAGUAGCUCGAUUACUGACAUGUCCCCCGACACUCCCGACGGGCCCUUCGAGAAGGAUGGGGGAAUGAGCGUGGAAGAUGCCAUUUCCAUGUACCUUGACGGCUUCAGCGAUGUGACAGAGGAGCCGGGGUCCCCUAGCCUGUAUGGUGAUAGCAAAAGACCGUGGAGUCCAUGUCCGCCUACUGAAUACACGAUGGACGGACAUACUUCCGAUGAACAUUCGCCCGACCUUGAUCCUACAGAGGACCUUCCCCCCGUGCCGCCGCUACCAGAGUUAGAUCCCCCGGAACCAAGGCCCAUCGAGGGACCGCCUGAAAGUGAGGACAUGCCAGAUCAGCCAUGGAACGAUCUCUCGAGUUUGAAAUCACCAGCCCAUUCGGAAUUUCAACGACGUGACCAAUCGACCACAGUCGUGAUCCCUGGUGCUGUACCGCCUCCGCUACUGCCGGGUACCAGCACUCGAGAUUGCUAUGGCUUCCGGAAGGCUACUCACCAUGUGACUCUCGAGCAAUACGAGGCAUGGCAUCGCACUUACGUCGGCUUUGCCGCGACCCGGAGGACGAAGUGGGUGGAACUCCUUCGGGAGAACCGGCUGCCAGUCACAGACCCCUCGUCCUUCCCCCCGAAGUCGAACAAGAUCAAGAAGCUCGUGCGCAAGGGUAUUCCGCCCGAAUACCGAGGCGCGGCCUGGUUCUUCUACGCCGGGGGUUACGAACAUCUCAACCGCAACCCCGGGCUCUACGAGCAGCUUGUGCAGCAGUCCAUGAUGUCUCCGACCAACGACGAUAAGGAGCACAUCGAACGCGAUCUGCACCGGACGUUCCCCGACAACAUUCAUUUCAAACCCGAAUCGGCCGACCAACUUGGCGCAGGCGCUAGCGCUGGUAGCAGCAACCUCAAGCAUGGUCACGGGUCAGUCAUAGUCGAGACCCAAAUGAUUCAAUCCCUACGACGGGUUCUGUAUGCAUUUGCCAUCCACAACCCACAGAUCGGCUACACACAAUCGCUGAACUUCAUCACGGGUAUGCUUCUGCUGUUCCUGCCCGAGGAGAAGGCGUUCUGGAUGUUGCACAUCAUCAGCUCUGUCUACCUCCCCAGCACACACGAGAUCAGCCUGGAGGGAGCGAACAUCGAUCUGUGGAUUCUGAUGGUCCUGCUCAAAGAAAUUUCGCCGCAUGUGUACAACAAGAUCGCCGGCUCCGGCUUCGGUGGGAACUCACGGGCCCCAGCGUUGACAGUGACCUCCCGCCUGCCUGACAUCACCCUCGGCCUGACCAAUUGGCUGAUGUCAGUCUUCAUCGGGACCCUGCCGUUAGAGACGACCCUGCGCGUGUGGGAUGCUUUCUUCUACGAGGGUUCCAAGACGUUCUUCCGAGUCUCUCUGGCCAUCUUCAAGUCGUGUGAGCGGGAAAUCAUGGCGGUGUCGGAUCCCAUGGAGGUGUUCCAGGUAGUGCAGUCGGUGCCGAAGAAGCUACUGGACGCCAAUGCCCUGCUCGACGACUGUUUCGUGCGGCGCCACCGCGUCGGACAGGGUCGGAUCGACGAGCUGCGCGCCGCGCGUCGGGCGGCCGUUCGGCACGAGAACAUGCGUCGCUCGCGGGCGUGGAACAAGGGUCAGAUCCAGGCGGCGACAGACGAGUGGCCGGGCAGGUCGCGGACUCCGAUCCCGGGCAUUGAGCGCGGCAUCGCGGGUUCGUGGCGACACAUGAAGCAGCAUGCAUUUCGGUAGGGUGAGCGAGGGAACCAGUGAGUGGUGGAGUCCGUCGGUAGGCGUGCUAUGUAUUUAUUGAUACCCACAGCAGCUUUUAUAUGUUUGAAUACCUUUUCUAGUGUCUAUAUUAAAUCCAAAACUAC